AAUAUUACAUUCCCUCGUUAAAAUACAUCAACUAGUGAUAGCUGAAGGGAUGAUGCUGCUAUGUAGUUUGAGUUCCACUACCAUAUAACUUAAAAUACUAGUAAUAAUGAACUUGAAUAAAACAUCUUACUAAAAAAAGUAAUAACAACAUUCAAAUUUAUGCAACAAAAAAAAACAAGUAUAACAGAAAGAAAAGUAGGUGAUUGUGGUGGGGUUUGAUAGAUAGCAUGUGUGUCCUCUAUUCUGAGUCAAUGGUAUGAUUUGUAACAGAAAAUGUUGACAAGAAAGAUGAGUAAAGACAGAUAAGAUUAGAAGAAAAAGGAGAGUAUGUUGAAACCUUCCCUACCAUUGUGGUGAUGUUGAAUAAUCACAUCCCAACACCUUAUUAUCACAAAUUCACGCUAGAGGUAUCAUGAAAGCUGACAAAGAGAAUACAACCUGCAUCAAUACACUUUUUCUGAAUUUCCUUUAUUGAGAGAAAAAAACUUACCAAAGAUAGUUUCAUUCUUUUAAAAGGGCUUCUCUUAUAUUCUACUUUGUGCCACAAUCUAUGCUCACUUCUCCUAAAAAUGGCCAACUUUGUCACCAUCACCACAUUGUUUAUGCUUGGGUUGUGUUUGAUGUAUACUAUCUCCAAUGUGAAACUUAUGGCACAAGGAAUUGUAAUGGGAGAAACAACUAGGUUCUAUGACUUUAAGGUUCAAACUAAAAGAGUUACCAAACUUUGCAACUCGAAAGAAAUUGUUACCGUCAAUGGUAUGUAUCCAGGACCUGUAGUUUAUGCAGAAGAAGAUGAUAGAAUCAUAGUCAAGGUUACCAAUAAGACGCCUUUCAAUGUUACGAUUCACUGGCAUGGUAUCCGGCAAAAGCUAUCGUGCUGGUAUGAUGGACCAUCCUUUAUUACACAAUGUCCGAUUCAAGCAGGCCAGAGUUUCACCUAUAAUUUUACAGUGGUGAAUCAGAAGGGAACUUUCUUCUGGCAUGCUCAUGUUUCUUGGCUAAGAGGAACAGUUCAUGGAGCUAUGAUUGUUUAUCCAAAGAAUAGGGUGCCUUUCCCAUUUAAGAAUCCUUAUCAAGAGCAAAUAAUCAUACUAGGGGAAUACUGGCUGCAGGAUCUCCAACAAGUUGAGCAUACCACUCUAAUGAGUGGAGGAGCUCCACCUCCAGCGGAUGCAUAUACCAUUAACAGUCAUCCAGGCCCCAACUAUAACUGCUCCAUUAACGAUGUGUACCAACUUAAUGUGAUUCCGGGAAGGACCUACUUGUUAAGACUGAUUAAUGCGGGUUUAAACACCGAGAACUUCUUUGCCAUUGCUAAUCACAAACUAAAGAUCGUGGAAGCUGAUGGUGAAUACACAAAGCCAUUCACCACAGACACGGUGAUGCUUGGACCGGGCCAAACACUGAAUGUCCUAGUCUCGGCUGAUCAACCAGUAGGAAAAUACUCCAUGGAAGUGGCACCUUACAGGUCUGGUAGGAUUGUCAAAUAUCAAAACGUUUCGGCGAUUGCCUACUUCAACUAUAAAGGGGCCAAAUCUGACGGUUCAUAUUUACCGGCUAAAUUACCUAAGCUUGAUGAUAAGCUAGCUGUUAAGACAGUCAUGGAUGGAUUAAGGAGCCUAAAUCAAGUGAAUGUUUUCAAAGAAAUCGAUAAAAACAUAUUCAUCACCGUUGGAUUGAAUGUUCAAAAAUGUCACUCAAAGACACCAAAGCGAAACUGUCAAGCCAUGAAUAAUGGCGUGCUGACAGCUUCCAUGAACAACAUAAGUUUCGUUCAUCCUCGUAUAUCAAUCCUGGAAGCUUAUUAUAAUAAAGUAAAUGGAUCAUAUACUGAAGAUUUCCCCGACGCACCCUCUAAGUUCUACGAUUUCGUUAAUGGUGCCCCAAAUAACAUUCCAUACAACACGGAGUCGUUGAAUGGGACUAGAACUAAGGUCCUGGAAUACGGUACCAAGGUGCAACUCAUUUUGCAGAACACGGGGACAGUCAACGUUGAAAAUCACCCAAUUCACAUCCAUGGCUACAGCUUUUAUGUUGUAGGGUAUGGCGCAGGCAACUAUAAUCCACUAACGGCAAAAUUCAAUUUAGUGGAUCCCCCGUACAUGAAUACAAUCGGUGUUCCGGUGGGUGGAUGGGCAGCUGUCCGUUUUGUAGCUGAUAAUCCAGGUGUGUGGUACAUGCACUGCCACAUUGAUAUACAUCAAUCAUGGGGACUUGGAAUGGUGUUUAUAGUGAAGGAUGGAAAAGGAGAUCUAGAGUCCCUACCACACCCCCCAUCAGACCUGCCACUAUGUUAAAGACUACCAACAGAUCGAAACAAAUAGUGCUAACAGAUAAUUGUGUGACCUUUUUCCGAGUUUGAGCAUUCUUUAGAUCCGAGUCUGUAGCUGUAAAAUGUGGCACUAGUGCAUUUCUUGUAAAAGAAAAACCUAUGGAUGUAAAGAAGCAAAAUGAAUAGAUGAAUGCAAAUCUCUUUUUCCUUGCUUUUGCGGUACGGUAGAAGUUUAGGUGAGUUCUGUCUCGGGAGCUCUCUAAGGUCAUGGAAAGCUUCAAGACUCAGAAAGCACUGACAGAGGUACUUUCAUAUUAUCCACAAUGAGGUCCACAUAUCGGUAGCGAAAACUCUUGUGGGAUCUGAAUUUCUGACCUGAAUCCUUAACAAUUGGAUUGGACCUACCUACAUAGUCGAAUCUCUUUUCCUUUAGUUUAAUUUUUGUGUACUAAUUCAUCGAAGUUCUAAACUAAACUAAAA